UCUGGACGGGGAAUCCUUGAAGAUCACGGCUAUAAAAGGUUUUGUCAAACCUGAUCAUUUCUAUUUUAUGUAAACCGUCGGACUACAUCAGUAUAAUAUUGCCAUAUUAGAUAUAACUACAUAUUUUCAAUUGAAAUGCAGCUGGCGUUUAGCCAGAAUAACGCUUGCAGUAAAGACGUAGAUAUGGAUUUAAGCAGUGAUCACGACCUGGAGGAGGAUUGUGAACGUGUUGACCUAAGUGGAAAGGAUUUGCAAAGACGAUUACAUGCACACAAGUUUAAUUCUCACAAAGGCGAUGUUUCAAAGGAAGACAGGUUUGAUUCUACAUAUUCCUCGGGUUAUGGCAGUGGAAAUUUACCAAGUGAACUGAAUGAGGGACGUUUCACAAGUGACGAGGACAGGUUAAUUCCCGUUGCGGGACUCGAAAGUUUAACAUUGGAUAAUGAUGAUGUUAAAACAACUCUUGUAUCAGUAGAUGAAGGGUUUGAGUCAUCGGAAAUCAUAAUAUCAGGGGCUUCUGAAAAGUGUGAAAAAAGUUCACAAUCACAGGACAGUGAAUCAGAAAACUCUGAAAAACAACUACAACUACAACAGUAUCAGCAAGUUCUGUUGGAAACGUAUCAGCAAGACGAUGAUGGUGACACGCGUCUUCAUACUGCGAUCAUCCAGUUACUGACAGACCUGGCCCUUUAUUUCAUCUCACUGUGCCCAACUCACACGCUCCUGAACCUGAAAAACAAUUAUCUCCAAACUCCACUUCAUUUGGCCGUCGUUACCAAACAAGACGUACUCACGCGCAAGUUAAUGACGUCAGGAGCUCAGGUUGACUGCAGAGAUCAUCGGGGUAACACCCCACUUCAUAUUGCUUCAAAAGAGGGGUACGACUUUUUCGUAAAGAUACUCCUUGAGCCAGUACACUACGAGGAAACUAAGAACAAUAACUACGAACUUCCCUACCAACAGAUUCCACAGAAUUUGGAAGCAAGAAAUUAUGAUGGUCAGGUCUGUGUCCAUUUGGCCGCAGAGGGAUGUCAUAUUCAAACCCUUAAUAUCUUGCUAAGUAAGGGAGCCGACGUCAAUGCAAGGGAUGGCAAGAGCGGUCGUACAGCCCUUCAUUACGCUGCCGAGUCCGGUUGUAUGCCACUACUUCAGUUCCUCGUAGAGCAGGCACACUGCAAACUGGACAUCAACUGCAUAACUUACGGUGGUCUUACGCCUAUCAUGUUGGCUAAGGGACGUGGUCACGAACAGGCAGUGAGGUUGUUGAGAGAAUCAGGGGCCUGGUCUGAUACCGAUGAGUCCUCAUCAGAAGAAGAAAUGAACGAGGAGCCAUAUGAAGAUAUCAAAAUAAACGGAGUUAUUGUCAACCGAGUUUGAACUACACAGUGUGACACAAAGCACAGAAUAUAGAUAGAGUACCAUAGCAGCCAAAACGCUGGACUGCCAGAGUUAGAUAAGGAGUAUAUUAGCGAACCGAGCAAACAGCCUGAUGCAGAAUAUUCCAAAAAGCUGCUUUAGAGUGUAUACACAUUAACAAACUAAAAAAGACUCACUGUUUGAAGUAGUUUUUGAAGUUGUGAAAAAAAAGUCGAAACCCGCUUCACCUCAAUGGGAAUUUCACUUUGAAAAGACAUUUCUUUUUUUAUAUAUUAUUAUUAUUUAGACAUUGUAUUUAUUUUCUGAAUGGACAACAACGAAAUUGUUUGAUGCCGUUUGAGUGUGUUUACUAAUUAAAAAUACAAUUUCAUGUUUUUAAAUUGUAAUUUGACUGUCUAUGUAUUGAAAAUUGACCGCUGAUGAACCCAUCUGUAAAGCUUUAAUCAUUACAAUCCUAUUUAUAGGUAAUUUUAACUUUUAUAUCAUUCAGAUAUGCCGUAUAUACGUUUUAAUCUUAAUUUUAUGUAAUGAUUAAAACCUUUCAUAUUAGUGUAUCAAUACUAAAUGAAAAAGCUUUUUUUUUCAAAUUUUUGUGAAUGUCUAAAUUCUGGACUAUGUAAUUGUUUUUGUUUUAGUAAAUAGCUUGCAUGCCAGAUAGUAUAUACUUGUAGUCUAAAUUUAAUGAUACAACAUGUGCUGCAUUAUUAAAAAAAAAAUAUAUAUAUAUAUACACUGUCAAAUGACAAUGCAAUUAAAACGCCCAAUUUAUGAAUGUCAGCCCAACCCCUGGUGCCAGUCGCCCGUCCUUGAAAGCGUGUAAUACUAGUAAGACAUACGGACUUAUAUAACAAACAGAAUAUAUUACAAAGUCAUUGUUGUUACUUAACUGGCAAAAUCGUUUAUUUGUAAACUGUUCGAUCUCAAAUAAAGUGUUUCAGAUUA